CUUGUCAUCAUCACCGAAGAACAGCUAGGAGGGCUUCAUCCGAGGGUGUUCUACAUGUGCACAGUAGGAGGUUCCCAGAUUUGUGUGUGAUCCUCAAGUCGGACGUGUGGAAGAAAUAAACAUCCAACAGAUCAGGUUUUUCUGGGAGUUGACCAAGGCUCUGCCAGACAUGGUAGGACAUCUGAAUCUUCAAGGCAUGGAAGACAGUUUAAAGGACAAGAAUCGGGAAGGGUUAUUGGACAGUCCAGAUUCUGGACUCCCACCGAGCCCCAGCCCUCCUUUUUACUCUAUUUCCCCAGGCAUCUCUGAGAGCAGAGCUGAGGGCAGCAUCACCCCAACACUCUACCCUGGAUAUGGCUACAGGAAGGAAGUCAAAGAGGGCAAAGUGAUACCAUACCUCCUGCUCAACAACUCCAUGCCAGAAGCACGGCCAAGGAUGCAACCAGUUGUGUUUGGAGAGAGUAUUGAAGUGAAUCCUGAGCCAAUACAAGAGAUAAGGUGCAAUUCCGAGAUCAAAUAUGAUUCAGAAAAGCAUUACCGAGAUCAUGUGUUCUAUUCUCCAGUUCCUACCAUCACGUCCUACAGUGAGACCAUCAUCUCCACUCCAAACUGCACGUGGAGGAAUUACAAAUCUCAGCUGCUCUUUGAACCUCGCAACAAACCCUUAAGGUUUCAAAGCACAACCAUCAUAUACCCCAAACAUGCCAAGAACAUUUACAGAACAACACUCAAUUACAAUUGUGGGGGGGCCAAGAAAUGGUUUGCAUCUAGUGUGCAACUGGAACUGUGCGAGGAAACAAGCCCAUGUAUUAUAUAUACUGACAGCUUAUAAACCUGGUCAAGGACUAUUCCCACCUCACUGAAGAACACACAUGGUUACCAAUGCACUUGGGCUUACCAAUAUGAGAUGGUGGAUCUAUAGCCUAAGGGGUUUGGAUUCCCCAAAACUAACAUUAUUACAAUGUGACUGUUUAUGAUUGAAAGACUUGUACACCAUGUUGGAACUUCCAGUGCUUUUAUGUGAAUAUUGUAUCUGUUUGCUACUGUGUACUGUUUAUUUUAUGCUCUUUUGUACAUACCUUCUUUUUUUUAAGUGAAGCAGUUUCAAGGGAGUUUAAUAUCAAAUGUAUUGUUGUAACCUUUUCCCAUCUUGGCUAAAGCUGGCCAUACACUAUCCAGUGUUUUUUCUAAUGCAAUGAAGAUUCAAGCAUCACUUUAAGGGCCCAUUCACACCAUAGCAGUGU